CACAAGACGAAAAGUUACUGACCAAGAAUAGGAACCUGUGGAGUCUGCUUAUCUUCAUGGACAAUUGGCAGCAGUCUAAUUGGCAUCGGUCUCACAGCUGGUCAAGCAAUGGCAUCUGUGACAGUGGGGAUGUUUCUUGCCAGCAUCAAUGCUUACUUAAAUGGGACUCCUGGUGCAAAGCAUCACCUGGGAUAUGGUAUGCUUGCACGUGCAGCUUUCGGAUUAUGGGGAUCGUACUUCUGUGUUAUGCUCAACGUCUUUCAAUCGUUCGUCUUCUACGGAACACAGAUGUAUUUUGGAGGUCAAGCGUUCGUGAUCAUCUUGAACUCCCUCUCGCCAGGCUUUUUACAUAUGAAGAACACCUUACCUGAAAGUGCGGGCAUUACAACUCCUGGGUUGAUAGGAUUCGUUCUCUUCAUCAUACUUUACUUUCCCAUCAUCUACUUCAUCCCCGCCUACAAGAUCCAAAAACUCUUGGAGGUCCAAGUCGUCAUUGCAACAGCGACACUGCUAGGAAUUAUGGCCUGGGCUGUUCAUGAAAAUGGAGGGAGCCCCGGAAACUUAAUAACCUCAUCUCUCAAACUCAGCAAGGCAGAAGCAGGUUUCCGCGUCAUCCAAGGCAUCACUUCCGUCGCGGGGACGUAUACUGGAGGCACUGAUCGAGUUUCAGACUGGACGCGAUACGGGAAGAAAAGACACACAUCUACACCUGCCAUCAUCACCCUCGCCGUGACGGUCAUCCUCACUGCCCUCAUUGGAAUUAUCUCGACUUCUGCAUUGGCCGAACGAUACGGCGAAGUCCAAUGGAACCCUCUCAUCAUGCUCCAGUCCGUGCAAGCAAUGAACUACACUGCAACUUGCAGAGCUGGCACCUUCUUCGCAGGUGUUGGCCUUCUUUCUGUCACCGUGUUCGUAAACUAUACACAGAACUGCGUGUCUUCGGGAAUGGACGUGGCCAUGCUUGUCCCAAAAUACGUCUCACAGCGUCGCGGAGCCAUCAUUUUCAGCAUUCUCGGUGUUCUCGCUCAACCGUGGAGAUUCUUAACUCAAGCAACGACAUUCAUAACUGUCCUCAGCAGUUUCGGGGUCUUCAUGUCUCCAGCAGCAGCGAUCUUGAUUGUCGACUUCUGGCUGAUCCGAAAGACGAAGUGGAAUAUUCCCGAACUCUACAAACCAGGCGGGAUCUACUGGUUCACGGGCGGAGUCAACUGGCGAGCAUUCGUUGCAUACUUUCUUGGGAUGUGGCCUGCUCUACCAGGUUUUGUGAAUGCAGUGUCUGGGAUUGAAGUCGCAAUCACUUGGAGGAGAUUCUAUCAGAUUAGUUUCUUCUUUGGAUAUGCUGUCUCGGCGACUUUGUACUUUUUGUUCUGCAAAUUGAGUCCACCACCAGGACUUGGUGUGCAGGUCAAUUUCGAUGUCGAUGGGACCGUGGUUGUCGAGGGCGUGGAGAGGACGAGUGAAAAGAGCGACGUAGACGACUCGAAGAUGGUGGGGUCUGUUGAAACUAAGGAUCUUGCUUGACCUAAAUUUGUCGAC